AUGAUGAUAGACAAGCAGAAAGCUCUCUCUGAAGUCAAAGUUGAAGAGUUAAAACUUCACUUCAACUCUGAUAUCAAACCCUUAACUCGCAACUCAAGCAUUACCAAAAAGGAAAGCGCAUCCCACAAGAACUAAGGCCUAUAAAAGAGCUCUGCUAAAAAAUAUGACUAGGCUGCUCAUUCAAGUAAUGCUUUCUCUAAAUCAACGAUGGAUGAUGAAAUGUACUAGAUAGAAUAGUCAUAGAAUAAAUCACAAUAUCAAAAAAGAGAAUCGAAAGCUAGCUCCUAGAAUGCUAUUCAUAAGAAGAUAGUUUUGAUUGGUAAUACAGCCGUAGGACAUCAAAGAGUAUUGGCUUCCAAGUGUGUAGAAUAAUGGGCCAGCAGAUAUGUUAUUUGUGCUGAUAGGUACUUAGGUCCUUUCACCAGAACUGAAAAAAUAACCUGA